AUGUGCCGUUGUAAUGUCGCGAGAGCUCAAGUGGCGAUCGUCCAACAGCAAUGGAUCGAGAGCAGCUCGGAGUUCUCGGAGCGGCUGCCGGUGGUGCCGGUGCCACUAGCGCGGCACGGCGAGACGCGCGUGGCGUGCGUGGGGCCGGCGCCGCUGGGUGCGGCCGGCCGCGUGGCCGCCGCCGCGUCGCCCGCCGCGCGUGCCGCCGCGCACUGGCCGCGCCUCGAGGAGAUGCUGCUGCACGCCGCGCAAGGCGCCCCGCCCAUGAUAUUCAAGCCCACCGUCGACCUCUACACCGAGCGCACCGACGCCAACCCCAUCGUGCCGCAGGGAGAACCUGUACAAAUUACACUUACGUUAACAAAUCCCUUAAAGAUACCAUUGCUUCUGAAAGAUCUGGAAUUGCUGUGGCAAUUCAUACCAGAUACAGAAGAAACCGAAGGUCCCAAGGACAUCCUUAACAAUGAGCCUUUCUUAGCAUCAGGACGUACAUUGGAAAGUAACGUCAUUUUUAGACAAAAAAUAGCCUCAUGUCUUUUAGAAGGGGAUUGCAACAAAAGAUUGACAUUUUCAUUGACCCCACUACAAGUUGGUCGAUUACUUAUCAAAGGCUUAGCUUUCAAAUUAAUUAACACUGGAGAAGAGGGCAAAGAAAACGGCAACAGUGUUAUUAUCUCGGGGAAAUUAGAUUUACUUUCGGAUGGCAAUGAGUCUGAUAAGCGUUUACAAAUUAUUGUCAUUCCACAAGCUCCAUGUCUACAGAUGACGUUUUCGGAGACCAGUCCGGAAGCGAUCAGCGGCGAAAUAAGAAUUAUAGAUGUGGAAUUCCGCAACGUGGGGCCCGUGGAGAUGAAGAACUUGUACUUAGCAGUAUCCCAUCCUGAUUGCGUCCGUCUCGACAUUGAUGAGCAUAGCGAUGAUUUCAAAUUGCUUUACGACGAAAAAUACCGAAAACCGCCUUCCUAUUCGGAUGAGCGCGCGGCGCGUGCGGGGGGCGCGCACGGACGCGGUGGCGCGGCACUGCGGGCGAGUGGCGCGCGCGCUGGCGGCGGCGGGCUGCGUGCGUGCGCGCCUGCUGCUGCGGCCGCGGCCGGCGCGUGCGCUGCGCCUGCUCGCCUACUACGAGACUGGCCUGCGCCAGCGCCCGCACCGCCUGCUGCGCCACGAGAUGCGUUUCCACACUAUGGAGGCAGUUGA